GUGUGUGUAAGAGCCGGCCGGUCGUGCCGGCUCCUUUUCCUGUCCCUGUUUUCGCGCAUAUGUUCUUCUCGCGGCACCUUCGCGACUUCGUCGCUCCGAAAAGAGAGCCAGUCUCGCCAGUGCGAGUAUCGAUGUUGCGGUUCACGGAUUGCAUGUGAUCGGAUCGAUUGCGAGAGCGAUUCAUCACACGAGCGAAAAAAAAAGGAAAAGGAAUCUUCGUAACCAUAAUCGUUUGCGUUCUGCUUAAAUUGAACAUCCAAACCCGUUAAAUUUGGAAUUCGGAAGGACCCGCACUGAAGAAACUCGUGGCACUUUUACAACGAGAUCGUUUUCGAGAGACCACGUCAAGUUCCUCGGUACCGGUAAGGGAUGGGAGUUCGGCAUUUUCGAAUUCACGGUAGCGACACGUUCGAUUUAAAUUCCGUGUUGCUACCAAUGUUGGUAUCGGCAUCAGUUGCCGGCGCGGGAGAUCCGAAGAACGAUAAACACACGAAGCAGGCAGAUUUAAAGGAAUUCUUUAAAAUGGAAUCACGAGCGAAAAAUAUGUGCGAAAACAAUAUGACUUACUGAAUUGUAUUGUGUUGUGUGUUUGUUCGUGUGGGGUCACCAUCCGUAUGACGGAACGUCAUGAGCCAUAUGACACUUCGGUCCGUAUCGCAAAUUCGCGUGCAAUAAGACGCAGAAGUAGAUCUCAUUUUUAAGAAUAAAUCUUAUUACUCAAUUGCAUUGACACGUAAAUAAUGUUUUUCGAUGUUCGGAUUGCAAAUAUACUGGGUGGCCUGUAUGGAACUCAAUGAUCAUCGAUGGUACUACGAUUGAUGCGGAAUACGUCAUUGGCCUGUAAAUUCUUCUACGAUACACGCAAGUUUUUGGAUGAGGAAUAGUCGAUUAGUAUUCGACAUUCGUCUCAGUUUUGCGAAAGAAAAUGAUCAAGAUGCAGAGAGGAAUACAAGAUGAGUCACAGACAUCUACGGAACAAUCUAAAUCGAUGAACGGCAAUCCAGCCGGCGUGCCGGCAGGCCGAGGCAGCGACUCGACCUCGCCUUUGCCCUUGCCGUUGGAGGGCAGGCACGCCGAGGAUACAGCCGACUCCACUGUCCUCAAGUUAGACAGCAUGGACUCGGCAGGCAACGCCCGCGGGCCCUCCUGUGGUUUAGUCAGCUCUCUCCUUCCCAGUAGCUGUCGGGGUAGUGCGGAGGCGUUCGCUCGGUGUCUUCAUCGACGAUUAACGUCAUUGGGCAACGAGAACGGUUCGCCCGAACGAACCGCGGAUGCCAAACCGUGCGAAACUUCCUGGCUGCAUCCAUCGUCGAGCAAUCGGCAUGUAAUCGCCAAUAAUUUGACCUCCAACAAUCAGCAUCCGAUUCUUCAGCAUCAGCCUCGUCACAGUCCGGAGUCGGAUCUUUUCUAUGACAUUGAAGUGGAAGAGGCGGAAGUGGACGGACCGGGAUCGCCUCCCGAAGAAGCAACCGCUGCCGAAUUGGCGCAUCUGCUGGUAAAUCCGGAGAUUCUGAAGGCGAGUCAUCACGAUGCCUGUCAUUGCUCACCUAGUGGUACCAAGAUGACGUCUGGUACCACAGGUAUCCAUCAAGAUUCUGAGUCCUGCGUAUUUGCAUCGCCAAUAACCGGUACACCACCCGAUAGUGAUUCCUCGGAGGUGUUUUUUGAUCCGGAGUCUUCGGAUGCGGACAAAUCAAAAGUCGAGGUCUAUUUCGAUCCUAUCAGCACUUCGGACAGCGAGACCACGAAUCUCUCCAACACUUCCGUGCCUGCGAGGACCAAGCUUGCGUUGAACGGACGCAAGCGGACGGACAUGAAUCCGGAACGUUGCGACGACACAACAUCUGAGUCGAGUUGUUCUUCGAGAAGAAAUCCUACGUCUUGCGAGGAUAGCCACCAGCAAGAGGGAUUGGUUUGCAGCUCGGAAGACUCAUUGAACGGCAGAAGCUCUCAGGAAACGACGUCGCCCAGCCAUGAGUCUCUAUGGAGUACAUUCGAUGACAGUACUUUAUCGCUCCAGGACGAGAGUCCACUUAAAACUAUUCAAGAUUCCGUUAUCCCUCAUAUCUGUUUGUCUAAAUCGCAUUCUGACUCUGAAUUGCCAAAUAACGGUAUCAGCACAGUAGUAUUUAACAAGCUCGACAGACGGGUCGAAGAGGAAGAGGAGAACGUGAAUGAACGUGAGAUUAAUGAGGUUGACUUUAUCAAUAGUAUAUCGAAGAAUAUAACGUGCAAUGUCAGAAAUGGUAGUCUUUCCACGAUGCAAAAUACCGAGGAUGAUAGAGACUCAUCGAAGGAUAAUUCUUUUAAUGGUGCUGAAGACUUAGUUAAUACGAUUGAUAAUAAGAACAAGGAAGAAUCGGAUUCCAAAGCGAUAUCGCUGAAGAGUUCGUCGCAGUUAAAAGUGGAGGAGGUUGCCAGUGACACUGAUACCGAUCAUUCAUCUUACAGUAGUACCAUCGAUAUUUCGGAUGCGUUUACAUUAGAAUGUUUGAACGAUGCAACAGUGACUGAGGUGAUCCCGAGGCACGAGCUCAAGUUAAAAAUCGAGAAAGAUAACACGCUGAACGACAGCGACGAGGAGAAGCUGUGCCUAUUGCUGAAAAAACUUGGCGGCAGUUCUACCGCGAAGGAGGAGGAUUCGUCGCCGGAACAAGAUACUCAGAGCGAGACGGUGGAGGAAGAGGAGGACAGACCGCAGAGAGUUCGAAGGUGUUCCUCAUUGAAGACGGGAAAAACACCACCGGGCACGCCGCACAGGAAAAAAAUCGUCAGAUUCGCGGACAAGCUCGGUCUUGAUUUGGCUGAUGUGAGAACGUUUCUGGACGAGAUACCGAAGAUACCCAACUCCGCGUAUAGCGACCUGAUCUACGAUGACAUCUUCCGACCUCAAGACGGCAAUUCGGACAAUACAACGUCCAUCGGCGACGACUGCUGGAGUGACCCGCGUUAUCAGAAUGAUGGCAGGCGCAGAUCUACGCCAGCGAUACCCAGAAAGAUUGACCGAAUGCUAGCGCCGCUUUUUCAACAGCCAGGCGGUAUGUCGAACUUUCUGGAUAUCGUGCGCGAACGUCGGGUUUGUUUGGAAAACGUAGUGGUGCAGGACCCGGUGACCCUGGCGCUCCAGGGCACAGUGCGCGUGAUCAAUCUCGAUUUCCAUAAGUCUGUACAUGUGCGAUACACCCUCAACUCGUGGCGGAACUUCAGCGACCUGCAGGCGACCUAUGUGCCUAAUUCGUGCGAUGGCUUUAGCGACAAAUUCUCUUUUAUUCUAUAUUGUCACACAUUAUCGGUCGGUCAGAGGCUCGAAUUCGCAGUCCGGUUUCAAUGCAAAGGUGCGCAGUACUGGGAUAACAACGCCGGUGCUAAUUAUUGCUUUCAGUGUCUGCCAGCCUCUUCAUCAUCCACCGGAUAUAUACCGAUCACCGCCGACGAGUGUCGGCGUGCUAGCGGCUGGUCGCCAUUCUACUGAAGAACGUUCAGACCGUGCGUUUGUCUGAUUCGAUGACAUGACAACGGCUUGGCUUCGGGAACACAGACUGAAGGAAUUGUUGAAGAAGCUGACAAUGCGAGUUUGCGGUAUUCUAUGGUUUUUACACAUUCUUAAAUAAGUGCUUUACGAAGUGCGCAAUACAGAACGUUCGAAAUCCAUUACUGUUAUCUACUGCUUCAGGGAGCUCUCGGAGAGUUUUCGGAAUAUACAAUAGUAUAUAUUAAUCUUUUUGCAAGGUUAUCGAGCGUUAAACAUUAUUGGAAUGAUACUCUUUAGAAAAAAAAAGAUUGGAGUGAAAUAGCAAUUUUUUUGGACAGACGACUGUAGAAAUAAAUAGUAGUACGAGUGAAAAAUAUUUGACUGUGGAUUAUGGGAACAACGAUUUUAUUGCUACGAUAAACGAAUUGUCUUUGUAAUGAACGGAUGGAGAUGCUCAAUUAUUAAACUAUUUUAACGUUUUUCAUUGCGUUUGUUAAUUGAUUUAGUAUUUUGGAAGCAGAAAAAUAAUAUACAAAACAAACAUAUACUGUGGCUGGUCAAUAAAAUGUGAAAAUGUGAAAAAAUUUAUAUGUUUAGAUAUGGGGCAUUUAAGCCUGCCUUUUGAUCUGCAAAUUAAUACUGACUGAUCCAUUUUCAAGAAAUACUAAAUGAUUAUAUCAACUUAUAUUAACAUCAGAUUACUGUCAAAUAGAUGAAUGUUUUUAUUAAUUUCCGAAAUCUUCCUUCACGAAAGUAUUUUCCGAGAGAUAGCGGAAAUUAUUUCUAUCUGCCAUAUAGUUUGUCUCAAACUGUAUUUGUUAAGCGAUGGAGAUUAUAAUUUUAAAAACUAGAAUCCCCUUUUAAGAAGACAGAAAACGAAUACUCAUCUGAGAGUUCAAAGAUGCAAAAUGGCCUGAAUACAAUUGACAGGAAACGCUGAGAACAAAUAGACGGUUUAAACGUUCCUAUGAAGUAUCUUUGUAGAGUUUAUCAGUCAAAGUUAAAGAUGAUAGAUCAUAUAUUCGAUCGCAGAAGGAACUGUCGCACGUGGCCGCGAUUUUGUUAGCGCUAUUCAGUACAACGACGAUAGGCGAUAAUAAAAAACGAACGUUGAUAUAAUAAUAUUAGUUCUUAUUAGCGACAUCAUACGAGAGUGUAGACAUCAUCGUAUAGAGGAUAGAUGUUCUUCAUAAGAUGUUACAUAUCGGAACAUUUUUUUUUCUUUGGAAUAUUGUGUUCGGUAUUGACUGAAACGCGUUUGAAUAAAACGUGCGAUUUAAAUUCAAUUCACGUCUUUAAAGACAUAUAUUUAUAUUUGAAUUUGAUAUGACAAAUAUUUUAAUCCUUUGCAAUCGCCUAUUCUCUUUGCCAAACAUGGAGUCGAUUCACCCUGAAAAGAAAUUAGUUUCAAUAUCUCGAAUAAUAUUGAAACAGAAAAAUUUAUAAAAAAAUAAAACAAUAAUAUAUGUACAAAAAUAAAUAAGCUAAAUAUGAACUAAAUAUCAUUUAUAUUCGUUUUUGCAAAUGGUACUUUUAGACUGAUAUUUUAUAGUGGUGGCGAGAUAUAGUAUAUAAAACUAGAACUUUCACUUGAGAGAGCAUACAUGUUAUUUUGUACAUAUAUUAUAUAUGCAUAUGUGUGCAUGCAGAUAGCGUCAAUAUUGGUGGCAGACGUGUCCUUCA